GUUUCAAAUAUAAAUUGUAAAGAAAAACUUAACCAUGUCUAAGUUAUUUGUACUUUUUGAACAUGCUGCUGGUUAUGCAGUUUUUUCUGUUAGAGAAUUUGAGGAGGUGGGCAUGUUACUGCCCCAGGUUGAAGCCUCUGUAACUGAAUUGUCUCGUUUUAAUCAAGUGGUCAAACUUAUUGGCUUUACACCAUUUAAAACUGCCUUAAUAGCAUUGGAGAACAUAAAUAGCAUAUCGGAAGGUAUUGUACCAGAAGACUUGCAACUCUUUUUAGAUUCAACAAUACCGAAGGCAAGUAAGAAGGAGAAAAUUAUACUUGGAAUCACCGAUCCAAAAUUAGGUGCCAGUAUUACAGAAGUAUUACAAAUAAAAUGCGAUCAUACUGGGGUAAUACCUGAAAUUAUUCGUGGAAUUCGUUUUCACUUCCACAAUUUGGUAAAAGGUUUUACGAAUAAAGGCUCUGGAAUAGCACAACUUGGUUUAGGUCAUAGUUAUUCCAGAGCUAAAGUCAAGUUUAAUGUUAAUCGAGUAGAUAAUAUGAUUAUUCAAAGUAUUGCAUUGCUUGAUCAACUGGAUAAAGAUAUUAACACAUUCAGUAUGCGUAUUAGAGAAUGGUACAGUUACCAUUUUCCGGAACUUGUCAAGCUCGUUCCUGAUAACUACAUGUACGCAAGAAUAGUUCAAUUUAUUAAAAAUAGAAAAGAAUUAAAUGAUGAGAAAUUUGAUGGUUUGGAAGAAAUUGUAAUGGAUGGCAUAAGGGCUCAAGCUAUAAUUGACGCCUCAAAAUCAUCAAUGGGAAUGGAUAUCAGCCCAAUUGAUCUCUUAAAUAUUGAUAUGUUUGCAAAUCGAGUAAUAGCCUUAGCUGAUUAUAGAAAGGAAUUAGCUGAAUACCUGAAAUCAAAAAUGGCUGGAGUAGCUCCAAACUUGGCAACUUUGAUUGGUGAUCAAGUAGGAGCUCGUCUUAUUGCACAUGCCGGAUCUCUAACAAAUUUGGCCAAAUAUCCUGCUUCUACAGUUCAAAUUUUAGGUGCUGAAAAAGCUUUAUUCAGAGCUCUAAAAACAAAAGGGAAUACACCAAAAUAUGGAUUGUUGUUCCACUCAACUUUUAUUGGUCGUGCAGGUACUAAAAACAAAGGUAGAAUUUCAAGAUAUUUAGCAAACAAAUGCUCUAUUGCCUCGAGAAUAGACUGCUUUGCCGAAACUCCUUGCAGUGUCUUUGGAGAUAAACUACGUCAACAAGUGGAAGACAGAUUAAAGUUUUAUGAAACUGGAGAUAUACCUAAAAAGAAUGUAGACGUUAUGGAAGAAGCAAUAAAAGAAGCUUCGCUAUUAAUUACCGCUACCGAAGAAGAAUCUAAGAAAAAGAAAAAGAAGAAGGACAAGAAACGAAAAAGUGAAGGAUUAGAAAAUGGUGAUGCGAAUGGGACGUUGGAAAAUGGUCACAAUAAAGAAAAUGGAGGAGAGGGUAUUGAGAAAAUGGAUGUUGAUGAGGCAGAAGAUGUACCUAAGAAGAAGAAAAAGAAAAAGAAGUCCAAAAAUGCUGAGAAUGAAUGAAUAUAAUUAUAAGUAUACAGCAAAAGAAAAUUUUUUGUUCUUUUUCUUAAAGGUAUUUUGUGCAGAUGUAUAUUUUCUUGAAUACAGAUGUUUUGUAAGUGUUCUUAAAAAAAAUUUUGCAUAAAAAUAUUUCUUUUAAGGGUGCAAAAAAGUAUACUUUCUGUGAAAGUUUCACAGUACAGCCUUCAAUUUAUAUAUGUAAAUAAACAUUUUGUUAUACAAUCAUUGUCGAUUAUCUAUAUAACAAAGACACUAUAAUAAUUACAAUAACUAAAGUUUG